CGACGCUGUACCGUUCAUCGCUUCCUGUUGACAGUUGGAUGGUUCGGAGGAGGAUCUCGAUCUCCACGAUGACCGAAUGUCCUACUUGUCGGCGAUGAGCGCAGACUACUUGAGCAUGGACAGCCGUCUGACCAGCGACUACGACGACACGGCGGAUGAGGGCGGGGCUUACACCGACAAUGAGCUGGACGAGCCAAUGGACGAGCCCCAGCCCGUGUCGGCCAUCAGUCGGUCGUCGGAGCCUGUCCUCCCAGACGAGAAGCCCCACCCCGAACCCCGGAAUCGUAUGAGAAGGACAGGCAGCAGAGAGAGACAAAAUAGAGAGCCCAGUCCUCCCCCUGCUUUUGUCCCCGAACCUCCAAAGGUGCGCGCUCAGACUCGGACCGACUCAUCGCACGGCUACGACUCGCAUUCCAGCAGCACCGUCAGCAGCAGCGAUGCGGUGGCUGGGAACAAGCCGCCGCCCCCUCCUGUGGCCCUGAAGCCCACCAUCGCCCGCCUCGGCCAGAUGUCGGACGAGCAGAGCUCGGAGAAGGAGGAGGACCCUGCCAACAAAUCCUUCCUGGGCAAGAUUAAAGCGUUUGAGAAGAUGGACCACCUGGCCCGAGCUCAGAGGCUCCUCGAACUGCAGGAGGCAGAAAAUGCUCGGGUAUGUCUUCUUUCAUCUUCUGCUGCAGCUGGGCGUACGGAUACAUUACCCGAGAUUUCUUCGACACAUCUGGUGAUUGUACUCGCUGAUAGACUCGCGGUAUGAAAGAUGUCUUUCUUCAUGUAUAGUAAGGCAUUUUU